GGUGGGACCGGCCGUCGCCAUGGGGCGGUACUCGGGGAAGACGUGCCGCCUCAUCUUCAUGCUGGUGCUCACCGCCGGCUUCUUCGUGGCCGAGCUGGUGUCGGGCUACCUAGGCAACUCCAUCGCGCUGGUGUCUGACUCCUUCAACAUGCUUUCGGACCUCAUCUCCCUUUGCGUGGGCCUCUCCACGGGGCGCAUCGCCCGGCGCAGCCGCCGGGGCCCCCGCGCCACAUACGGUUACAGCCGCGCCGAGGCGGUGGGGGCCCUGAGCAACGCUGUCUUCCUCACCGCCCUCUGCUUCACCAUCUUAGUGGAGGCCAUCCUGCGCCUCGCCCGGCCCGAGCCCAUCGAUGACGCCCAGUUGGUGCUCGUCGUUGGCACCCUCGGCCUCGCCGUCAACCUCGUGGGGCUCCUCGUCUUCCAGGACUGGGGCUCCUGCUGCCGGCGCCGCCGCUCGCCCGACCCCGCCGCGCCGCCGGUCGUGCCCAGCGGCACCUCGACGGAUGAAGCAGGUGAUUCACCAAAUGACCAAAAAAGCCCUGAAGAGGGGCCUGAGCAGAAAAAAGAGAAAAAGUCUGAAGCCUUGAACAUCAGAGGUGUUCUUUUGCAUGUUAUGGGAGAUGCACUUGGAUCUGUGGUCGUGGUAAUUGCUGCUACGAUUUUUCAUGUACUUCCCUUGGGAAAUGCUCCAUGUAACUGGCAGUGCUACAUUGAUCCAAGCCUGACCAUAAUUAUGGUGUUUAUCGUCUUGUCUUCUGCAUUCCCACUUAUCAAGGAGACCUCAAUUAUUUUGUUGCAGAUGGUUCCCAAAGGUGUUAAUAUGCAACUACUGACUGACAGACUAGCUCGUGUACCAGGUGUUAGCAGCCUUCACGAGGUGCAUGUUUGGGAGCUGGCAGGUGGGAAGAAUAUUGCUACUCUUCAUGUCAAGUGUCAAACCUCUGCUGAUUACCAAGAUGCUGCUUAUCAAAUACGGAAGGUUUUCCAUGAAGCAGGCAUCCAUUCUGUGACCAUCCAGCCUGAGUACAUUGACAACAAGACCUCCCUGCUACUGUGCAGCUCACCCUGCAUCUCAAAAGCUUGUGACUCUCAGCUGUGCUGCAGUCAGCGGGAGACUCCCCUGGCUAAAACUAAUGGCUAUGCUGAGAAAAAUGAUAGUUGCCAUUUGGGGCCGCAUAAAGACAAUGGUUCAAGUAAAAAUGAUAUUGAAAUCUCUAUUGAGUACCCACUGGCAGAGGAUAGCAUUAAAAAAGUGAAAAAUCAUGAUGCAUCUGAUAGCAAAUCACAGCUGAGCAGCACACGGCUGUAGGCAGUUCCCUCUCUUCUGUAUCAUGUUUUCAUAGAACAAAAGUGUCCUGGCUAGGAAGAGGGGGGGAGGUCACCGGUGGUUGUAGCUGAAGUUUAUGUGGCAAAAAGAUUUCAAUGCUUUGGCUGUAAACCAAAAGACUCUUAAACCCCUCUGAGAUAAAGAUUAGUAUGAAGCAUGUUGCAGUCAUCUCAGAUUUUUCUGGUACGACCUAACCCAGUUCCUUAUCAAACUGUGUGUGAAUUUCUAUUGUUAGGGUGUAUAAGGUGUACUGCUGUCUGCACUGAUGCUUGCAGGUAUGGCCAGUGGCACUGGGAGUGAAACUCUGGCCUUUUCUGCUGAAGUGAGCCGUCUCCUGGAAGCCCUGUGGCCAGUUAGUGACUGUACUGGGUUGAAGUACUGUAUAUUUAAAAAGGACUUUAGUAGAGAUGUUUUACUGUUCCUUAAAACCCCUUUUUGUGUAGACAGUUCAUGUUUAACAAUAACGCGUGUGCUUCUGUCCAGUGGGGCUUGUGAAUGACAUCAAAAGUGUAUAAGGGGAAAGGGGAGCACUCGGGAGUUUUGACUUGCAUUGUUUUCUUGAUUGACUCCUGUAUGAUUGACAGAGCAGAAGCUGGUUUUGCUUCUCUACUAGUAGUACUGGAGUCCUAGCCUAAUCACAGAUAAGUAUGCUAAAGAUUAGAUUUGUCAUGAAAACAAAGAAAUACUAAUGUUGUCUGUACUGCUUCUUGCAAAUGGAAAUGCAGGCAGACAUCCAAGUAACAUUAAUCUUCUUCACUGUUGUGAUUG